GAAAUCGUCCCGUCAGUCGUCUGUCGCAGUUUGAACGUUUCGGUCGCACAAAAUUAAAGACGCGCGGGUUUCGGUUCUAAAAAAGCCGUUUACUGUAGACGGGAACAGUAACACAUUUUGCGCCGUAGAGCGUGGUGGGCAAUGAACGAAACUUAAUUCGAUUAGGCUUGAAUUACCAUUACGGUUUGUUUGACAAAAUUUUUGGGGGGCUCACAAGGUUAAAGGUGAUCACCGAGUGGAAAGACUCAAUUUGUUUGUCCAGUGGAUUCCAGCAAAAACAAGGAGCGGAUUGUCGGAGUGCAACGAGAUGAAGUGGUUGUUGUUGUUGGUUCUGCACAUGGUCACCGGGAGCCGGUUGACGGUUCAUGAUUCAUCAUCCAGUGAGAACCGGGCAUCGUCAGCUGCUCAAUUCUGUACCGAUUUGAACCCGCAAACUGGGUUGGACAUCGAACAAAUAAUGGGCCUUUGGUACGGUAGUGAAGUGAUAACCCAUCUUGGCAGUGAGGAUGGGGAAUCGAUCUACGAUACGUGUGUUGUGAUUCAUCUUUCUGACAUCACCAACUCGACUCCGACCAGCGAACGUCCAUAUAGAGAACAAGGGCCGGAUGUACGGUACGGUACAUCGUUCGGUUACCCGGGCGAUCGAGGUCAGUAUGGAAGUACGGAGGAUUACGGAAACCGUCGUUAUCAAAACCGCGAGGGAUACCAGCAGCAUCACUACCGGCAGCACCAGUCGAGCACUCGCUAUAUGCGUCUCAUUUGGGAUGAAAAAGAUCACACGUUGGAAUAUACGUUGCGAUAUAACAAUAGCCGACCAGGAUUUUGGAUCUCGUCCUCUCCUCAGGCAGGUUCGAUGGUUCAACUUUCGUACAUGCAGUUCACCGGCACGGUUCAGGUCCUGAAAGCCAUCAACAAUCAGCUGGUGUUGACGUUCUGUCAAAGUUUACCCGGAGGACAAUUAUUUUCAGUGGUGCUCUCUCGACAGCAUAUGGGAUUGUCUCCUGAAGAAAAUUACAGCAUACGGAACCUACUAAAACGACGUAAUCUGUCCACGUUGUCUGUGAGGAAGGUUUGCUACAACGGAGCCACCAGCCAAACUUCAUUCGGACUUUGGAUCGUUCUGCUAGUGUCUUCCCUUUUACUCGCUGUUUCUAAAUAAAACCAAAACGGAUAGAUUUCUCAUGUUUCUAAUUCCAUCCAGCUCUAAAUUGCAUGUUAUUAAUUUAAGUUCAGGACUGCUGCUACCGUAGUAAUUUAUACUGCUUUGAUUCAGAGUGCUGUAAUAAUAACAUCUCCAUCAAUGUAUAAACAAAAAAGUGCAAAAUGUCGAACUAAAAAAGUUGGUGACUUGGUAAAGGUUAAGGCAAAUUAACCUUCGCAUAGCGUUAAAGUUAUUGUACGAUUCAUGUGUCAUAAGAAAUUGAAAUAGUCAUUAGUUAGUUGUAGGAUCGUUUGAACGUUUGUAUCUUUAUUGCUACGGGAACGUCUUUAAUAAAAACGGUUCCAACCGAAUUUUGCUCCGUCAACGUCAA